ACAUAUGUUUGUUGUCAAAUUAUCAUCAUCAUCAUUUUGUAGUCAUUUAUUAUGCAAUUAUUCACUACUAGCGAAUAAAUUGAUCUUGUUGCUAAUUGUGUACAAUGUUCUAAAUGAUUUUGACCAUGAUCAUUUUUCAUCGAUAUUAAUACAAGCAUCGACAGUUUCCAAAUUGAAUUGUCCGGCCAGUGAUUAUCAGCCGCUAAAAGUAAUUAGUCACGUGACGCCAAAGAGUAUCAAUUCGGGUUCGUUUACAAAACUGCCGCAACACCGGACACUACUGUCGUGUACGGAAUCCUGUUGUCAGCGACAGUCCUGUAAUGUCGUAUUUUUUCAUAACGACUCAUGUUUUCAUAUUACCUGCCGGUCGAUGAAAUUGUGCGAACCGGUCAAACGGUCGGGCAAUAAGUACUAUAAAACAUCAAUGGUUUUGGUACGCAAUGCCGACAUACCGGAGCCGCAACGCCAACCAACCGGCAACCUGUUUGACGCCGACUAUACAGACAUUAAUGAUGAUGAAUACUCCAACAAUAAUGAUGACGACAAACAACGCCGUGAAGACAGUGUUGUUGGUUUCGGAGACGACUAUCCGAACGAUAUGACUGAGGAGGACACCGACGACGGAAAGGGGACACAAGUAGGUGGAGAUGGAGGAGGAGGAGGCACUCAAUUGGACACAAUUUGCACAAUAGGAUUGAACGAAUGCCAGCAAAACGAAAUGUGCAGAAAAUCUAAUAACCGGCGCCGACAGGGUGUCUGUGUUUGUCGUAAGGGUUGGCAACGAAACGAUAGACACCAGUGCCGACCGCCUCCAACUGUGUCCACGGCUCCGGCGGACGAACGAUUGGCUCUCCAGUAUAGGGAUAGCCAGUCUAGUAGUUCAGAAGCGGCCGGCAGUAGUGAUAGUCAAAUAGCUGUUGGUGAUAGCAGCUCUAGUAGUAGUAGUAGUAGUAGUAGUAGUGAUACCGGUGCCCAAACAAUGAUCUCAAAAAAUAGCAGCUCUGCCAAUAGUGUUAAUACAACAAGUAGUCCAGUUAGCGGUGGUGGAGGUGAUAGCGUUUCAUCGCAUAUGGUGGUAUCGGCCGGUCCUAAUCAAACAAUUCAAUUGCCCAAAGACGAGGUAACCUUAUCGGCAUUUGUGUUGCCGGCGGCUAAUUCUGGCCAUACUUAUCACUACGAGUGGCAACUGAUUAGCAAACCGUCUAAUGGAGACAAUAUGGGCGAUAUGGAGGGCGCCAACACCGACACCAUACGACUGUCCCAUUUGAAAGCUGGUAACUAUACGUUCAGAGUUAGUGUCACCGACAACGAUGUUGUUGUGACUGGCAGUGCCACUGUCAAUGUGACAGUAUUGCCACCGAAACGUAUUAACAAACCGCCUGUUGCGGUCAUACAACCGGCCAACUCGACAGUACAGUUGCCCAACAAAGAUACAGUACUCGACGGUUCGUUUUCUACCGACGACAACAACAAUAAGAUUGUUAAAUACGAAUGGGAAACACUUGUAGUACCGAUCGGCUACAAGAAUAAUCAAUUGCCAUCCAGUCCUACACUGCAGCUAAAAGAUCUGAUGGCAGGCUUUUAUCAACUAAAGCUGACAGUUACCGACACAGACGGUGACACCAAUUCAACCAUUGCCAACAUAACGGUACUCAAAGAGAUUGACUAUCCGCCGACGGCUAAUGCCGGUCACGACCAGAUAAUAUUUCUACCGCAAAACGAGAUUACGCUAAUGGGUAACCAGUCUACUGAUGAUAAGGGCAUAACACUGUGGCAAUGGACCCGAUCGCAGGAGGAGCCAAAAAAUGGUAAACCGAUAGCCGUUGAUAUGGAUGGCACUUCGACACCGUUUCUGCAUCUGUCCAAACUGGAGGUCGGGGUCUAUAAGUUCAUAUUGAAAGUGACCGAUACGUCCAAUCAGACGUCCAAUGCCGAAGUGCAUGUGUUUGUCAAACCUGAGAACAACAGACCUCCCGUAGCCGCAGUCGGUACGGACAUCAUUCGGGUAGAGUUACCGGUAGUCAACAAUAUUGUAUUAGACGGCAGUAAGUCUAACGAUGAUACGGCUAUUACACGGUGGCUGUGGGAACAGAUCAGCGGUCCGAACACAAUAGAAAUAAUAGCGGCCAACGAAUCGAUAGCUUCGUUGUCCACUAAGAUAUAUCCCGGCGAUUACGAGUUUCGGCUAACAGUUUGGGACUCCAAAGAGUCUAACUCAUCGACAACUGUUAAGGUGUCGGUAGUUCAGGCAAAAAACACACCGCCCGUAGCCGUCACAGGUGGCGACCGUACAGUAACAUUGCCGGUCACUGAAGUGGUACUGAACGGCAGUCUUAGCUACGACGACGUCAAAAUUGUCGGCUAUCUAUGGGAGCGGACACCCGAAUCGUUGGCCGGCGGCGAUAUUAUUGGCAACUCAAGCCAUACGCCAUUACUUCGGCUAACAAAUUUGAUUGCCGGCCGCUAUUUAUUUCGGCUGACUGUUACCGACAGUCAGGGCUCACAAUCAUCUCAAGUGGUUUCACUGAUUGUUAAACAAGCUGUCGAUAUGUCCGACGAAAUCGAGUUAAUACUGAACACUGAUAUCAAAACGUUUACCACCGAUCAGGAGUCGACACUUGUUAAACGUCUUGAAUUGUUGUUGACCGCUGAAGGACAACCUAUUCGUGUAGAGUUAGUCGGCUUGACGGCUACUACACAUAGCCAUAGAGUUGUACUGAUAUUUACUGUAAUCAAUACACUGACCGGCAAACGGUUAUCUGGAGUUAAAACUGCUAAACAAUUAAAACAAAAAUUAAAGACCGAUUCGACUCUCAUAACACCUGAUGUGUUGUCCAUUGAAACCGUCGUUUGUCAAAACGACUGUUCAAAUCACGGAACGUGCGAUCAGUACAGCAAACGGUGCUUAUGUGAGGCAUUUUGGAUGGAAGAUCUCAUUAGAUAUCAUUUUGGUGACCGGGAAAGCAAUUGCGACUGGAGUGUACUCUACGUGAUUGUCAUCUCAUUCACAGUUAUUGUCACACUAUUGGCACUAUUCUGGUCAUGUGUUUGCUGUAUAUCGCGUAUGAAAGGCAUAAAACGACCGGUGCUGAGGGGACGCCGAUAUCGUAAGUCUAACCGCAACCGGUAUACACUACUCGAAGACGACAUCGAUCCGGUUAAUGGUACCGAUCGUAUUGAACUGUUGGCCAACAACAAUGUCGGCGGUCAUCAUAAGCUGAACAACACAUAUCUGUCCGGCGGUGGUGUCGGCGACGGUGAUGACGACGACGACGACUCGGAUACGGGCACACAGUCGGACACAUUGUUUGCCAAUACUAACAAUCAUAAUAUACUUAAUAAUAAACUUAAUCUACAGUCCAGUCAGCACCAGAAACGACACCAAAAAUCUCUAAACGGAUUGUUGUCCGAAAGGAAAGUUAGGGCAUAGAGAAGCGCAAACACACAAACAAACAAUACAUUUAAUUGUUUGAUUUGAUUUG